CCGUUGUCGCACUCUAUGCAACUCUGGUCAGUGGCCGUUUUGUGUUGAAUGUUCCCCACCAAGAGUGCAUGGCUGCGGAAGCGAGGUGCAGUCCGAGGCCCCGAGGGGUCGCCCUCCGGGAAGCGGUGAUGCUGUUGUUGUACUUCGGGGUGCCAACCGGGCACUUCUACAACCUGGACCCGGAGAGUGCACUGCUGUACCAGGGCCCCUCCGGCACUCUGUUUGGCUAUUCGGUGGUGCUGCACAGCCACGGGACGAAGCGCUGGCUCAUCGUGGGGGCGCCCACUGCCAGCUGGCUCUCCAAUGCCUCAGUGGUCAAUCCUGGGGCGAUUUACAGAUGCAGGAUCGGAAAGAAUCCAAACCAGACCUGCGAACAGCUCCAGCUGGGUAGCCCCAGUGGUGAACCCUGCGGGAAGACAUGCUUGGAAGAGAGAGAUAACCAGUGGCUGGGGGUAACGCUUUCCAGACAGCCGGGAGAAAACGGAUCUAUCGUGACUUGUGGGCACAGGUGGAAAAAUAUAUUUUACAUGAGGAACGAUAAUAAACUCCCCACUGGCGUUUGCUACGGCAUGCCUUCUGAUUUGCGGACAGAACUUAGCAAAAGGAUUGCCCCAUGUUACCAAGAUUAUGUGAGAAAAUUUGGAGAACAUUUUGCAUCGUGUCAAGCUGGGAUAUCUAGUUUUUACACACAGGAUUUAAUUGUGAUGGGGGCCCCGGGAUCAUCAUACUGGACUGGCUCUGUCAUUGUCUACAAUAUAACUACAAACAAAUACAAAGCAUUCGUAGACAGACAGAAUCAAGUAAAAUUUGGAAGCUACUUAGGCUACUCAGUUGGAGCUGGUCAUUUUCGAAGUCCAUAUACUACCGAAGUCGUGGGGGGAGCCCCUCAACACGAACAGAUAGGGAAAGCGUAUAUAUUCAGCAUUAACGAAAGUGAACUGAACAUCAUAUAUGAAAUGAAAGGUAAAAAGCUUGGCUCAUAUUUUGGAGCUUCUGUCUGUGCAGUGGACCUCAACGCAGAUGGCUUCUCAGAUCUCCUUGUUGGAGCUCCCAUGCAGAGUACCAUCAGGGAGGAAGGAAGAGUAUUUGUGUACAUCAACUCUGGCUUGGGAGCUGUGAUGGUUGAAAUGGAAAGAGUGCUCCUUGGAAGUGACAAAUAUGCUGCAAGAUUUGGGGAAUCUAUAGCGAAUCUUGGCGACAUUGACAAUGAUGGCUUUGAAGAUGUUGCUAUUGGUGCACCACAAGAAGAUGACUUGCAAGGUGCUGUCUACAUUUAUAAUGGCCGAGUAGACGGAAUCUCCUCCACAUACUCACAGCGAAUCGAAGGACGUCAAAUUAGCAAAUCACUAAGGAUGUUUGGACAGUCUAUCUCAGGACAAAUUGAUGCAGACAACAAUGGAUAUGUUGACAUAGCGGUUGGUGCAUUUCACUCUGAUUCUGCAGUGUUGCUAAGGACAAGGCCUGUAGUGAUUGUUGAAGCAUCUUUAAGCCAUCCUGAGUCAGUAAAUAGAACAAAAUUUGACUGUACUGAAAAUGGACUUCCAUCUGUGUGCAUGGAUCUUACACUCUGUUUCUCAUAUAAGGGCAAAGAGGUCCCAGGCUACAUCGUUUUGUUUUACAAUGUGAGCUUGGACGUGCAAAGGAAGGCAGAGUCUCCGUCAAGAUUUUAUUUCUUCUCCAAUGGGACUUCUGACAUGAUUACAGGAAGCAUACGAGUUUCAAGCAGCAGAGAGAAAUGUAGGACACACCAGGCAUUCAUGCGGAAAGAUGUGCGAGACAUCCUCACCCCCAUUCAUGUGGAGGCCACAUACCACCUUGGACGUCACGUGAUCACCAGACGAAACACUGAGGAAUUCCCACCCCUCCAGCCGAUCCUUCAGCAGAAGAAAAACAAAGACAUUAUUAGAAAAAUGAUAAACUUUGCAAGGUUUUGUGCCUAUGAAAAUUGCUCUGCUGAUCUGCAAGUUUCUGCAAAAGUUGGAUUUUUGAAGCCGUAUGAAAAUAAAACCUAUCUUGCUGUUGGGAGCAUGAAGACCAUAAUGCUAAGUGUGUCCUUGUUCAAUGCUGGAGAUGACGCUUAUGGAACUACUCUGAAUGUCCACCUCCCCACAGGCCUUUAUUUCAUUAAGAUCUUAGACCUGGAAGAGAAGCAAAUAAACUGCGAAGUGACAGAAAGCUCAGGGAUAGUGAAGCUUGCUUGCAGCCUCGGUUACAUAUAUGUGGAUCGUCUCUCAAGGAUAGAUAUUAGCUUUCUCCUGGACGUGAGCUCACUCAGCAGGGCAGAUGAGGACCUCAGCAUCAGCGUGCAUGCCUCCUGUGAAAAUGAGGGUGAAUUGGACCAAGUGAAGGACAACAGAGUGACCUUAUCGAUACCUCUAAGGUAUGAGGUUAUGCUGACUGUUCACGGGUCUGUGAACCCAACUUCAUUUGUGUAUGGAUCCAGUGACGAAAACGAGCCAGAAACGUGCAUGGCAGAGAAGCUGAACCUCACCUUCUAUGUUAUAAAUACUGGCAUUAGCAUGGCUCCAAAUGUUAGUGUGAAAAUAACGGUACCAAAUUCUUUUCUUCCUCAAAAUGAUAAGUUGUUCAACGUUUUGGAUGUCCAGGCAACUACUGGGCAAUGCUAUUUUAAACACUAUGCAAGAGAGUGUACAUUCGCACAGCAAAAAGGCAUAGCGGGGACCUUGACCGAUAUAGUCAAAUUCCUAUCAAAGACUGAUAAGAGACUCCUGUAUUGCAUGCAAGCUGAUCAACACUGCUUAGACUUCUUAUGCAAUUUCGGGAAAAUGGAAAGUGGGAAGGAAGCCAGCGUUCACAUUCAGCUGGAAGGCAGGCCGUCCAUUGUGGAAAUGGAUGAAACCUCAUCACUCAAGUUUGAAAUAAAAGCAACAGCUUUUCCAGAGCCACACCCAAAGGUUAUUGAACUAAAUAAGGAUGAGAACAUUGCCCAUGUUUUCUUGGAAGGGCUCCAUCAUCAAAGACCCAAACGGCAUUUCACCAUCAUGAUUAUUACCAUGAGCUUGCUGCUUGGACUUAUUGUACUUUUAUUAAUUUCAUGUGUUAUGUGGAAGGCUGGAUUCUUUAAAAGACAGUACAAAUCUAUCCUACAAGAAGAAAACAGGAGAGACAGCUGGAGUUAUGUCAACAGCAAAAGCAAUGAUGACUGAAGACCUCUAAAUUGAGAACAUUGAAGAGAAAAGACUCAGGUUAGGAAAAAAAUCCUUUUCAUAAGAUCCGUGAUAAUUUCUCUUUUUCCAUGUGCUUAUGGUUUUGUGACAUACUCUGUCUUAGCACAGGGAAAAAUCUUCAAGAAAGAAGCUACACAAAGGUGGCUUG